UUUUACUUGUAUACUUGUAUACAUUUUAUAUAAAGAUUGGAGUUUUUUAUUUCAUCAAUUUAAGAAUUUUUAAAAUAUAUUCUUUUAAGAUAUAUUAUUAAAAAAAUGGCACAUUAUAAAGGAGCAGCUAGUGAAGCUGGGAGAGCAAUGCAAUUAAUGAAAAAAAGAGAAAUCGCACAACAAGAGAUAGAAUUAAGGAAAAAGAAAAUUGAAGAUGACUUAAAAAUUCAUAAUAUAGAAAACAAAUUUGCAACACAUUAUAACGCUGUUGAACAACAAUUAAAAACAUCUACUAUUGGUUUAGUUACCUUAAAUGAAAUGAAAGCAAAACAAGAGAACAUAGUAAAAGAACGCGAAAGAAAAUUGGCACAAAAAGAGCGUGAAAAGGAACAAGAAAAAGAAAGAGCACUUGCUGCAAAACAAGCUGAAAAAAAACAAAAAAAGCAGAUACAAGCUUUAUCAUUUAAUUUAGAUGAAGAUGAAACAGAAUUUUUAGAAGAAGAAACAGAAAAAUCUGAUAUAUUAAAAGAUAAUGAUAUUGGACCAAUAAUAAAAAAAAUAAAAAAAAAUCCAGAUGUAGAUACAAGUUUCUUACCUGAUAGAGAAAGAGAAGAGGAAGAAAACAGAUUAAGAGAAGAAUUAAGACAAGAAUGGGCUAGAAAACAAAAUGCAUUAAAAGAGGAAGAGAUUGAAAUUACUUUCAGUUAUUGGGAUGGUUCUGGCCAUAGAAGAAGUGUUAUUAUGAAAAAAGGUAAUUCUAUUUAUCAGCUUCUUCAGAGAUGCCUAGAAGUUUUAAGAAGAGAAUUUAGCGAACUUAAAACGAUUAUGGCUGAUCAGUUAAUGUAUGUUAAAGAAGAUCUUAUUUUGCCACAUCAUUAUACAUUUUAUGAUUUCAUUGUAACAAAGGCAAGAGGAAAAAGUGGACCACUUUUUACUUUCGAUGUUCAUGAUGACAUUCGUGUUAUGCAUGAUGCCUCUGUUGAAACAGAAGAAUCUCAUGCUGGAAAAGUAUUGCUCAGAUCUUGGUAUGAAAGAAAUAAACAUAUAUUUCCUGCUAGUAGGUGGGAACCUUUUGAUCCAACAAAAAGUUAUGAUAAAUAUACAGUAUCAGAUAAAAAUAGAAAAAAAGAUAAAAUUUAAUGAAAAAUAGAUUGUAUAGGAAAUAAUUGUA